AUGGAUGCAGGAACAUCAGCCCUUAUGGGAGGUGGGCGUUCUAACAAAGCACGUCUAAGACAGCAAAUACUAAAUGGUGAACAAGACAUAGAAGCACUAAGUAAUACUCUUAAUCAAGAACAAGCUAUGCAACAACAACAGCAACAACAACGACGCUAUCAACCAGCUUAUACUCAACAACAACCAUAUUCAAAUAACCAUUCAAUGCUGUUUACUGAAGGAACUCCUGUCUAUAAUUAUAACCCUUCUAAUAAUGGUAUACCACCUGGUCCUCCUACUCAGGGAUCAAGAAAAUCUUCAUUAACUUCUCAAUCAGGUGUAAAUAGAUUCUUUAGAAGAAACAAAGUUGAUAACUUUAAUGAAGAUGCUGGUGCCGAUAUUGGUGAUUUAACAACCGGAAAUCAAAUGUCCUUUUCUGAUAUUACUCAUAUAAGAGGCAUGGGUGAUACUACUGCUCCUAUUAUACCUACUUUAGCUGCAGGAGCUGGUGGUGGUGGUGCAAUUCCAGGUGUUGUAGGAACUGGCGGACCAAAAAUGAAUAAUAUCCAAUAUAGAAAGCAAAUGAAUUAUCAAAAGAAAAUGGCAUUAUUGAAUGGAGCUAGAGCAAAUUCAUUAGCAAUGGGAGAAAAUCCAAUGCUUCAACAACAACCACAACAGCAACAACAACGGUAUCCACCGGGCGAUCCACGAGCAAUGUCGAUGACAAGUAAUCCAGGAUAUAACCCAAGAGCAAUGUCACUAUCCAGUAAUGCAGGCAUGAUGCAACAACAACAAGGCGGACCAAGAGCUAUGUCAAUGAGGAGUGGUGCCUAUCCCCCUCCUCCAGGUCAACAACAACAACAACCAUUCCCUCCCCAACAACAAAGACCACAACAAUAUCAGCAAUACCCACCUGUUGGAGGACCUCGUGCUAUGUCAUUACAAAGUGGAUCUCAACCUGGCCCAUUUCCACAACCUCAGCCAAGACCAUAUGGAUAUGGACAACAACCUCAACAACAGCAAAUGCAACAACCUCCUUCAAAUGGACCAAGAACUAUGUCAUUACUGAAUACGAGAUAUAAUAACAAUCCAGCCUUCAAUAACAACAACAACAACAUGCCUCCACCUCAGCAAUAUGCCAGAACGAAAUCUUUGGGUGCUGGACCUGGACCUGGACCGAUGUAUCCCCCUGGAGCACAACCGCAAUUCAGACCUCAGAAUUUGGUGACUGGAAAUCCGCCACAAUUUCAAAGACAAGGUGGUGGACAAAUGUAUGGACAGUCUCCUCCGCAACAACAGAAUCAGCCGAGAAUUGCUCCUCCACAACUGCAGCAACAAGGAUAUACAUCUGAUCAAUAUAGUAAUGGACAGCAAGUGCCUCAACAAGGAUAUAAUGAUGAAGCAGUGCCACCUCAACAACGGCAAGCAUAUGGUGAUCAACAAGGAUAUGUUAGUGAACUCCCACCACCUCAACAAAGUCACAGUGAUCAACAACAGGGAUAUAGGGAAGAACAACAACCAGGAUACAUAGACCAACAGCCCCAAUCACAACAAUCAUCUCAAUCACGAAGCUAUGAUCAAGAAAAUGACUCAUAUCAACAACAAUCUCAGUCAUCUUUUGCUUAUGAACAACAGUCUCCAGAACGUCAACCAGAUGAAUAUGAAGAAGAUAAUCGAGUCCAACUGCCACCACCUCAACGAAACCCACAAAGAUCAACAACAGCAGGGAAUACAUUCACACCCCUCCCUCCACCCCCAUCAAAUCCAUAUCUGAUGAAUUAUUACAAUUCGUCGGAUUCAUUAAUGAAUGUAGUUGAAGAAGAAGAGGAGGAAGAAGAAGGGGAAGAACAUCAUGAUAGGAUAUCGAGGAAGAGUACUCUCCGGGUCCGGAAAUUGAAUUUAUUCAACGAUGUAGAAGAAGAAUCAGCUCCAAAAGAACCAGAAUCUAAUCAAAGAUAUCUUGAAGACAAGAAACAGGAAUCCGAAUUGGCGAAAUUGGAAGCGGUUGAAUUGAUUGAGAAGGAAAAACAAAAAGAAUCAAUGGUUGGAAUUUGGAAUACGAAGAAGAAAAGUGGUGGUAGUAUGCCGAGACGAAAACCACCUAGUCCAAGUCCGUUGGUUGAGAGUUUUGCUGAGCUGGUGAAGGCGUUGCCGGAAUUGCCUAGUCAUGAAGAAGAAGAACAAAAUGAUGACGAGCAGGAGGAGAGGGAUAUUGUGUAUAGAGCUGGCAGUAAAGAUCGCAGUGAUGUGGAUUUGAAUGAAGAAAUUGAGAUACCGGUGAUUACCAAACCUCUGCCUCGUCAACAAGGGACAAGGACACAAGAAGAAGAUGAUGAUGAAUUGGAACAUAAAGUGAGUAGAGAUAGAUCGAAUGGAAGGUAUGAUACUGAUGAUGCGUCUAGUGAAUAUGAAAGUCUGGAAUACAAUGAAAGUUCGACCACUUUCACUAGUAAUAAUAAUGGACCAAGUUCAGCAAUGUCAACUCCUGUUUUUAGAGUCAAGAGUCGAUUUGGAAACAAUGAAAAUGAUGAGAACGAUCUGACUAAACAACUGCCACCACAAGUGACGAAAACAUUAUCUCCACCAAGAUAUAUCAAAAAGCCAAUGGAUAGACAAAUCUCAAAUGGAUCAUUUAAUAAAAUUGUCGCAAAUACCGUAUUUAGCAAUUUCAAAUCUCCCGCUUCUGAUUCAAUUCCUCGAUUUGCAAGUCCUUCAAUGUCCCAAACCCCAUCAUUCACGCCAAUAACCCAAACAACAACCCAACCCGACCCAGCCGAGGAAGAAGAGCAACAACCCAAACCAGAACCAGAUUCCGUUUCAUCCAAAUCAUUGAAUGAUAAUAUGUCGGGAUCAUUAUAUAACAACGACGCCAGUUUUUCUUCAGAAGAUGAUGGAGUAGAUACUAGUUUUCAAAAGAUUUCUGCUCCAACUGAGGAAAAUGAAACAGAUGAAAUCAUCAGACAGGUUUCGAGUAGAUAUAGUGGAAGAAAUAGUGCUUAUUCAUAUUUCAAAGAGUCACUUCUGCCAGAUGUUGAAAAAGAUAUCAUGACUAAACGAGAUAUAUUGAUGGAAGAAGUUGAAGAAGAACAAGAUCUGGAGAAUUAUGAUGAUAAACAGUCAACUUUCGAGUUUGGUAGUGGGCUUAAAUCCAAGGUUUCGAGUGCGUCGAUUUCGAAGUCGGGAACUGCAAGUGGAUCAUUUGGGAAUUUGAAAAGAUCAAGUAGGUCGUCAAUUGGAGCUAAUGGAGGGAAUGUAAUUUCAAGAUCAGGGUCAUAUGUUAAUACAAGUAUGGUUCCUUCUCAUUUCAAUGCUACUCCGUCAUUACCACCUUCACCAAGAGUCUUAAUGGGAAGUUUUAGUGCUAACGGUGGAAAUAAUGAGAAUAGCAAUGGUUCAUUUGUCCCCCCUGAAUCACCAAGAGUUAUGAAUAGUGGAAGUUCCAGUAGACGUGAAUCUACAGUCUCAAAUGCUUCGACUUCUCGUCACUCCAAAUCAUUUAAUAUUUUCAAAAGAUUAUCGAAAUCAAACAAGAAAGAUGAUUCUCCAUUAACCAGAACUCGCACCAAUGAUUCCAUAACCAGUACCAUCAAAGCACCACUCACAUUCACAAAACAAGAAAUGAGUAUUAUGACCUGUAAUUCCGACUUAUUGAAUGAAUUAGAAUUUGUGACUACUGAACUAGCAUCUGCCAUUAAACGAGAAGUCGCUCUUGAAAACAAUAUAAGAUCCAAGAAUCAAAUGCCGAAAGAUAUUCAAGACUUACGUCAAGAAUUAAUCGAGAAACGGAAACUAGUGGUGGAAUUACAAGAUAAAUUAAAUAAAGAACGUCGAUUACGGUUCAUAUCUGAAGAACAUGCAUUAUUGAGUGAGCAUGGUCAAACUCCAAGUGCGUUGAAAUUGAAUUAUGAAAAUGUGGAAUUGUAUCGACAAUUAUUAAUCAAGAAUGAAGAGAUUAAUCAAUUGAAUGAACGCAUUGGCGAGAUUGAUAAUGCAAAACGAUUAGAUUCUGGGAUGGUGGAGAAGUAUAAUGAGCUAUUGAAGGAAAAUAUGGAAUUGAAGGUGAAUGAAAAUAGUCCAAGAAGAGGAAGAGAUUCUUGUAGGGACAAUAAUGAAGAUUUGAGGAUGGAAGUGAAUAAUUUGAGAGAACAACGUGAUGAAUUACGUGAUGUUAUUGAGAAUUUGAUAAAGAAUAAUCUGAUUGAGAUGAAAUCUGCACAAGAUAAAAUUGAGAAUUUACAAGGGAAAUUAAAUGAUAUGAAAUUGAUUAAUCAGAAAUUGACUACUAGAGGAGGACGAGGAGAUGAUGAAAAUGAUUAUAUCAAUGGAUAUAUCGGUGGAGAUGGUUCUGGAGGUGGUAAUGGUCAAUAUUAUGGAAAUAGAAAGAAUGGAGGUAAAUUACAAGGUCUUGCAGUUAUAAGCUCAAGUAAUCGAUUAUUUGAUUAA